ACCUUGUAUCACAAAAAAUCAAAAUUAACGGUCACCAAGAGAAAUGAAAUUCCGAAACAUUCCAGUUGAAGACAAAAUUUACAAAUUUCAUUUGGAAUUUAUUACUCUCCUUAUCCAUAAUCUACACAUACAGAGAUCUCUUAUGCUGUGUCCUCCAAUCCUCACUCAUCUACCCCAACCUUAGCCCCACCCCACCUCUCUCUGUUACUCCUACGUUAUUGUUUUAUUCUCUCAUCAUCCACAAAACCUCUCUUAUUAACUAUUAGAUUGCCAAAAUCCCAUUAACCUCUGCUAUUUCUCCUUCAUCAAGAGAUACCCACUAACCCAUUUUCAGGUUUCAAGAUCAUUAUUAGCUGCACAAAUAUUUCCCGCCAUUUUUUCUUUUCUUUUAUCUUUUGAAAAGAGAGGACGUUGGUUUCUUAUGUGUAUAUAAACAACAGUAAUAAAUGGAAACUUUUUCUCAGAGAGAAAGUAUCCUUUUAGGUUAUACUCCUCAAAGAACCUGUACAGAUAACCAUCCAAUUUCUUCUUCUUCAAAUAGUCCUGAUAUUGACUUCAAUGAUGUUUUUGGUGGACCUCCAAGAAGGUCUUCAGCUCAGGAGACAAGGUAUAGUUUUGCAGAAUCUGAUGCAGACUCGUAUGGUUUAACAAGUACUUCAAAUCAUCGCCAUACAUGGUCUGCUCUAAGCGAAAAGCCUGUGUUUGGAGAUGAAAGUGCUAACAGACAGCGAUAUCCAAGCCAUGAUUUUUUCGAUGAUAUUUUUAGAGGCAAUGAAUCUUCAAGUUUUUCUUCUAGAAAAAAUGAUUUAGAUUCAUUUUCUUUGAAUCCUGGUUCGAGAGCUUUAAGUCCUGUUCGUCCCUCGCCUCCGAGAGCUGCUGAGCCCUUUGCAAGUUCUUCACUUCCAGCACAAUUCAGCCUUCCUGCCCAAAUGAAUAAAGGGACAGACUUGCCGACAUUUGCAUCAAGUUCCCGUAAUCAUCACAAAAUGAAGGAUGCUACUUCAAAUGAUUUCAGCUUUUAUGUGCAGUCUCCUCUGUCCAGAUUUUCAAAUCAAGUUCAGGAAGAAUCAAGAAUUGAUGCUUGUGUGGAGAGUUCUUUGUCGACAGAGCUGUUUGUUGGCGGUUUAGAGUCAUCGGGACUAACUAAACCUGAUGAGAUGGAUAAAGGCAGCAAUUUGAAGAAGGAUUCGAAUACUCCUGAAGCUAAAAGCAAUAGCAAGCACUUCCAUUUCUCUAUUUAUAAAUGGGCAAGCAAAGGGGUGCCCAUAGCAUUGCCUCUUAGAGGAGGAAAUAGUUCAAAAUCGAAAGAGAGAAUGAAAUUCGAGAGAAGCUCGAGUGCUUCUCGUAUAGCAUGCGAAGGUAUGGCCAAGGAUUUGCCUAUAAUAACUUCACAGGAUACUGAAAAUGCCUUAUUCAGUAACAGCAUUUCUUCAGACACUAGGUCCUUUGAGAUUGAACUCGAUAAUAAAGAGAAUGAUUCCCUAUGCGGUACAGGCACUACUACUGGUAGAGUAGAACAAGGGCGGUCUGUUAGAGAGGCAGUUAUUCCUAAAUUUGAACCUCAAAAUCAAAUCGCAUAUCAAGAAAAUUUGCAAGAUAUUCCGGGUAACAUCAUUUUCCAGGAUUCAGGAGACAGAAAAACGGUUUCCGUUGCUGACACGCACAAGUUAAAAACCGUAGAGGAGACAAUUCCUGUGGUUAAAAAUGAAAAUCCUAAGGCUGAGUCGAAAACACUACGUUCUCUUAUAUCAGGAACUGAUGAGAUAACUAUCAAAAAGGAAUCAAAAGAAAUCAACGUGAAUGGCGUUAAAAAAUCAAGAGCCCUUUUAAAUAUCAGCGAGAAAGUAAAGAAACAAGAUGAGAAAAUAUCUACACUGAAUAGUAAAGAAACAGAUAAAAAGGACAAAUCGCCAGGUUCGGCCAGAAAUUCACAAGAUGGCCUCACAAAGAAUCGAGCUAGAGGAAAGGUCAAAGAAUUUGUUAAGAUUUUCAACCAUGAAUCUUCAAAUAAACCCACAAGGACCGUGGAUGCUCAAAAUCUGAGUUCUAGAUGGAAGGAGAAAGGAAAAUUCAUGGCAGAGGAUAUUCCAACUGUUAAAACACCGAAAGAAGAUGAGGAAGUGCACUUGUCUAAUGGAAACAAGAACAGAAAACCCGAUGCCUCUUUCAUCAGGGAAGAUGAAGUUCUUAAGCAGUUCGAUAAACAACAUUCUGAGCCAGCCAAUAAGGCAGCCUAUUUUUCUUCUGGACUCAAGGAUAGAACAUCAUCAAGUACAGCAUCUAUCCCUGACGGCCCGGAAGCAAUUGUUGGAGAUUCAGAUGAUUACUUCCAUGGGAAUAUUCUGAUUGAAGAACUGCCCCAAGAUGAAGAUGAACUGCUACAAGCUGUCCGUGACCAAGAAGAUUUCCAAGUCAUCGAUGCUAAAAUUCGAAAGUGGUCAAAUGGAAAGGAGGGGAACAUCCGUUCUCUGCUGUCAACUUUACAAUAUGUUCUUUGGCCUGAAAGUGGAUGGAAAGUGGUGCCACUGGUUGAUAUAAUAGAAGGAAAUGCAGUGAAAAGAUCAUAUCAAAAAGCUUUACUCAGUCUACACCCAGAUAAACUACAACAAAAAGGCGCUACCUCACAGCAAAAGUACAUGGCAGAGAGAGUUUUUGAUAUUCUUCAGGAAGCAUGGACUCAUUUCAACUCACUUGGUUCAGUGUGACCAAUAUGAAUGCUUAAUGGCAAUUGCAAUUUGAUGUAUUUUGGACGAAGACAGCUACCCAAUAUAGAAAUUAGAAGUUUCCUUUUUUUGUAAGAGAACUACAUUUUGGUUUGUACAUACCUCUUUCGUGUGGUGUUCUGCUUUGUGUUGGACAUACUUGUUUGCCUUCUAUGUGUUACCGUUACACUCAAGAUGAGUUUGGGUUCUAUUUCAAACUUAUAAAAAUCGUUGGGUUAUUACUA